GUGAGUUGAAAGGGAACGUCAUCAAAAUGGCAGAACAGCCUAGUAAAGCCGACAUAAAUGCUAUUUUCAAGCGUUUAAGGUCAAUUCCGACAAACAAACAAUGUUUUGACUGCAGUCAUAGCAACCCAACAUGGGCCAGUGUAACAUACGGUGUGUUUCUGUGCAUCGACUGUUCAGCUGUCCACAGGUCACUCGGGGUGCAUGUGACAUUCAUCAGAUCUACUCAGCUGGACACCAGCUGGACCUGGCUACAACUGCGGGCCAUGCAAGUUGGAGGAAAUGCAAAUGCAAUCUCAUACUUCCGCCAACAUGGUUGCGACACAAAUGAUGCCCAGAAGAAAUAUAACAGUCGUGCUGCGAUGAUGUACAAGGAGAAGCUACUUGGACUGUCCCAGCAUGCAUGCAGACUGCAUGGCACUAAGCUUCACAUCGAUGCAGGUCAUUCUGACCCAUCCCCAGUCUCCAAGGAAGUGGACUUUUUCAAGGAACAUACAGAAUUUAACUCUCGGGACACUCAGCCCAGUCCCAUCAAUGAGGAAGCAAGACUGUACUCUGAGCCCCAGCCCAUCAAGAACGGCUCACUCAGCAGUAAAGCUGUGGAGAUAGACCCCAAUGAAGGGCCUAAUGUUGAGGCCGCCCUCAGUAUGUCCCCCACCCAGGCUGCUGCUAUUGCUGAACCCAGGAAGGCAAUCAUUGGGGGAAAGAAGGCCCCUGCUGGGAAGAAGGGGAAGGGUUUUGGUGCCCAGCGAGUGAAGACCAACUUCAGUGAGAUAGAGAACCGUGCCCAGCAGCUGGACAAAGAGAGGGAGGAGUUGGCCAAGGCUACUGCAGUGCAGGAGGCUCGCACCAAGGAGGAGCAGGACAAACAGGUGGCCAGCAUGAGACUCGCGUACAAAGACAUGAGUCUACAAAGGCAGAAACAGGAGGAGAAGCUGAAGGCUGCCGACCCCAAGAAGGCCGAGCAGUUCGAGAGGCUGGGCAUGGGGUUUGCUGGCAGCAAAGGCAUCAGUCACUCAGCCAUCUCUGACAUGCAGACUAUACAACAGGAGGGAUUGAAGGAGUCGAGGAAUGAGCGGAACAACCGGCGCCGGGACUUCUUUGAUGAGGAGAUGGAUAUGAUGGGAGGUCGAUUCUCCUCCAGUUCCUCCAGGUACGGCGACAGGUAUGAUGACAACUCAUAUGGUUCAAAGCGAGAUGACUUCGGCAGCUGGGGGAAUCCUAACAAAGGUGGCAGUUGGGACAUCGACAGGUUCGACAGCAAGUCAAGCAGUUCAGACAAGUUCUCUUCCAAGGAUGAAGACAGCAGCAAGAAGACAUACAGUGAAACAUCCUCAUCCUCAUCCUCUUCCAAGUCUUCAGCAGAUGCUCAGAAGAGAUUUGGUAAUUCCAAGGCCAUAUCCUCAGACCAGUAUUUCGGCAAUAACGAUAUGGAUUUUGAAGUUCGCCAGAAUCUGAGCCGCCUUGAUGGGAAGUCUAGUAUAUCUAGUGACGAUGUGUUCGGGAGGUCGGACAAGGGGUCCUCCCGAGGGGGUUCCAGCUCUCAGUACUACGCCUCCCCAGACCUCCAGGAUAUCCGCGACGGCGUCAAGCAAGGAGUAACCAAAGUUGCCGGCAAAAUAUCCAAUCUAGCAAAUGGUGUUUUAAGUUCAUUGCAGGAUCGCUAUGGGAGUUAACCGAUGUUGAUGCUAAGCCAGGAAUGUGUUUCAUGCCUGCCAAGGACAACAGUGGCACUAACAGACAAUGGUGACAUGGCAUUCACCUUUACAUCAACCUCUCCAAGUGCAGGGAGGUGGAGGCAGGGUUCUCUCCCUUAGAUCACUAUGGUCACAUAUGCCUUCCUUUCUUCAAACUGAAGUUUGGGUUCAUAAACACAACUAAUAAUAGCUCACAUGAAAGGGGUAAAAUCUGCUUUUAAUGCCUAUGAAAGACAAGAGCAGUAGAAAGAUAAAAUCUGACUUGAAGUGUGACACUUUAGGGUAUAGAGCUACUGAUGGGGCUGAUCAAACCAAGUGUCAAGGCUUGGAAAAUAGAGCAUAUUUUGAGGUUUAAGUGUACGUAGAGCAUAAUUAUGGAUUACCAUCAGUACUAUUCCAGUUGUGAAAUAAUCCUAAUUGUUGCUCCAUGUUGAAAAGAUGGCAUUUUUGUCUUGUCACAUGUUGAGCAAUGGAAACAUGUGAUGGAUAUAGACAAUACUGUACAAGCAUGUGUGUCAUACUGAUUUUAUGACUCCGAUGUCAGAAUUAUUGUAUUUACCUUGUGAAAACGACAUGAAUUUUGGACAUGACUGUGAAAUCAGUAUGUAAUGGAUGUGAGUGUAAUAAAUUCUUUAUUACCCAUUUUUAAACCUUUGAGCUCCCCUUUAGAAAAUUGCACAUCAGAAAAAAACCCAUUUAAACAUUAAAAGUUAAAUAUGUAAAUGGUGGUAAUUUCAUGCAUUAAGCAAAAUCAACUUUUGAAGCACAUGCUGAGUAAAUAUUUAGAGUAUGGAAGAAGUUGUUUUGGAUAAGAAACUUCUUUUUUACAAGUACUUUGUUUUUCCAUGAGAACGUGUUAUCUGUUUAUCACAGGUUACAUUAUCUUAAAACAGGCUACUUUAUGUUGGUAGCCAAUUCUUAGUGUGAUAUCUUCUUGUAUCUUAACUGGUCACUCUCUAUAGACUAGUACAUAAGAUACGAGUUGUUUUUCACUCGCUAACAUCUCACGAGUUGACCAAUUUCUACAGGAGAGAACCCACUGUAAAAACCUGCAAGUCAGCACUUCUAAUAUGGAUGAAUUCUGUGGCCAGGAGUGGCGGAUCGAGACAGACAUUUCACUCACAAUCUUGUGAAUUUCAUCGUCAUCGCUUGAUGUGGCCAAGUUGUUGAAAUCGUGUUGUGUUGUUUAUGCAUUGUAAAUACUGGGGUAGGAAUACAUUAUGACAAUAUUUGAAUUCAUUUCAAAUCUGGAGAGAAUGGGUCUAUGUAGGCAUGUUGUUUACUGUUAUUUACAUGCUUUGCAAGUAUUGUUGUACAUAGUCAUACAUUGUAUGUUUCACACAGUGUCGAGCUGUUUGGAUUAUGUUUUAUAAUCCUGUGUAGUAAAAUAGGUUCAGAGGCCUGCCUGAACUUUCCUAUGUCUUGCCAGUUUUGUUUUAAGAAUUCUUUGGUGUUUUCACAGGAGAGAGCAAGUAAUACUUGUUAGGCUGUAUGAAAACAAUAAAUGUUUCUCAGAUGGGCAGUGGGGUAUCCAGGUUGUUAAGCAUCAUGCCAAAGACCCAGGUUCGAUUCCCCACAUGGGUACAAUGUGUGAAGCUUAUUUCUGGUGUCCCCCACCGAGAAAUUGCUGGAAUAUUGCUAAACGCCCCGUAAAAGUAAACUCACUCACUCACUCAAACACAUUUUUCUGUAAUGUUAGGAAGAGGCAGGACUUCAA